AUGGGAGUAGAAUACUCGCCAGAUGAUCACAAGGCGAAAUUAGGGCACCUAAAGAUGGACCGGCAAAAUUUCCGACAUUUUUUGAAAAAUGCAACGCUCAUGUUAGCUUUCAGCAUUCUUCAAGCCGGUGCAAAUUCUCCACGACCCUGGGAACACUUCUGGGGUUUUAAUGCCCCUACAUGGCAUGAUGCCCAACCGCCAAACCCCUGCUACGAGUAUUACCGCACUACAUCCAUACUCGAGUGCUCCCAACAUAUCAGCGAGGCGUUGCCUGUUGUCGUGCGCAACUGCAUACUUGAUACUGGGCAAAACUCCGGUGUGUUGAUCCUCCAGCGCCACAACAACAACUCCUUCAGCUAUCGAAAGACUAAUGAGCAGGAACAGGACCAGCCGCAGUUGGGUGCGGCAAUAUAUAUGCUCCGCGUCGUCGGGCCUGAUGGCGUAUGGUUGUUGGAACCUACCUACUGCCAGCCCGACCUCGCAUGCGCGACUUACUCCUUCAUUGCGCCUGGACGCUACUCAGUUGAGGUGCUGAUGGUGUACACCAGCUUCUCUUUCUCCAACCCCGGAGCAGCUACACCCGUUACGGCGCCUUGGGUGGGUUACCUAACAUUCGAACUCGCCGAGACCGCCAAGGUCACAUACGGAAGAUCCAUACCCAGUCUGCGUCUAAUUUCGUGGACGACGACGCCUGACUACUCCGUAGUGCAGCAUAUCGAUGGCCACUCGGCGGCAGGAACAAGGAUAGCACUCCAGUUGCACCAGCGUAAGCGGAAGAAAGGAGAUUCGGAUGGCGACUCUCGGCCCAUGCUGCCACUGUGUGGUGGCACGGGCCGGCACCCGGGGCGGUGGCGUUUCGGAACCUGGCCAACACCCGAUGCAGCGCCAUUGCUACGUACCUGUAUUUGGGGGAACAGCGUGCCGCCACAGGACAACUGCAACAGUACUGCACGGUUGGCCCUGCGUGCCCAACCCCGCCCCGCAACACUCUACUGGCAGCCGUACGGCUGUCUUAUGGCUGACGUUGCUGGCCUGCUGGACGCCGCAGCAUCCGGGACGCUGCCGGUGAUGACGCCGCCGUUGCUCCCGGCCGGCAGCCUCAUAACGCAGGAGCGCUGCUUCCCUCCCAGCCGCCAUGUAUGCUUUGUAGGAGACUCGCACAUGCGCUACCUGCACAACAGCUUGGUGAUGUGGCUGAGCAAUUUCACGGUCACGAUAGACAAUAAGGUCAAAGACAUCCUGGAAUCAAACUGCACCACCCAUUUUACCGUCACUUGGGGUACCGAUUGGCCUCGUAGCCCAAGCCCCGGCCAGAACCCCGUCCUAACACGCAAUUGCACUGAUGUCGUGGCGAAUGUGGGACAUUGGGCUGCAUCGCAUCAAGCCGGCACCGCGCCACACAGUGCAGCCACUUACGUAUCGAGUGUCAUGAAUGUACGGCGACGGCUACUUGCCUUACAGCGCUCUAUGGAGAAACGCGGCCGCAGUGUUCGCCUGUUCUGGGUCACAUCAAGUCUGCCAUCGCUGCGGACGCACCUAGAGCUGGCUGGCAGGGACUGGCGUACGGAGCCUUACAUGCUGCUGUACAACCGGCUGGCUCUGGAUGUAAUGCGUGGCAAGUUAAAGAUGGACACGGAUGGAGCGACAAAUGUUGGUGAAGAACGGGCCGGCGGCGGCAGGGACAGCGACUACAGUGAUGGCGAGGAGUAUGGCAGUGGGAGCAGAAACCAGGAGGUGCAGCCCAUCCCUGUAAUUGACACUUGGAGUCCUUCUCGCAUACUCUCGGACACGACCCGGGAUGGUACCCACUUCGAAAACACGGGCCCGCUGUGCCGGCACUGGAAUGCAGCACCUGGAUUUACGGGACCGGUCGUUGUGAACAGGCGUCGUGGCAUACUGAAAGCUGCGUCAGAUAUUGCAAGAUCGGGCACUAGCAGAAGGGACAAGCUGCGUCGGCUUCCUCGAAGCCGGAAACCAAUAGGGUUGUCGGCCAUUUUGGCUGCGGCCAAGACAGGUGUCCUCGAGAACCGCACGUAUGUGGUAUCGCCUCCAGGAUUUGUUAAUGUAACAUCGGACCUUAGCAUAAGCGGGUCCAACAGUCCCUUCAACGGCGGGGCUACCAUCGUUGACCUCUCGGGGGUGCCGCAAGUGAACUUAACACGACCUAUUACUGUGUUCAACGGCGCAUCGCUGCGCCUGAGCAACCUAACACUCAGGGUCGCACCCUUGCCAAGUCCGUACGAUCGGCAAAUCUCUAUGCUGCAACACGUCAUCAAGUUGGUCGACGGCGGUCGGGCCUCGCUUGACAAUGUCUUAAUCGAGUCGUACAACUGUAGCUACCUGCAGGACUUCAUGCGCACACUCUGCACCCUCACAGGCUGGAAGUACAACACCACGGAGCUUCAAGUCCUUAACGGUGUCGUACUGUACGGCAAGGCGGGUAUGGUGCUAAGGGAGUCAGCUCCCGGCAGCGAUGCGGAGAUGGAGGUGAUGACAACCCUCACGAACUGUCGCCUGACAUGUCCGGGGGGUCUGCCCCCACCCUGGACCUGCAGCGCCACCUACACAAACGGCUCGAAGGACUUCCAAACGAAGAUUCAACAGCUCCUGCCCAACACCGCCGAAAUCCUCCUCCUGUCACUGGCAUCCAACGUGACUCUUGAUCCGGCGACUUGGCAGCCAGUGAACCUGGGCAACGUCGUGAUGGGACUGUUCGGCAACGAGGUUGGCCGCACGACAUGGCUGGACUUUGGUGGCAUCGCUGGCGCGUUUGUGGUACCGGUGUACAACAGGAAGUCCAACGCCGUGUGGAUUGAGUGGCUGGGGCUGCUGGGGUUGCCGUACUCGCCCACCUUUGAGUCGCCCCUGGACUUCCUCGGAAUGUGGAUGCAUGCCAUCCGCGUCAACCGGACUGUCCCUGCGGGUCGCGGGUCCUCCUCGCGGGUCUUCCAGCUGUACUGCGAUUACUGCACCAUCGUGGUGAGCGAUGACGAGUACAACUGGCUGAUGGCCAACCUGCCCAGCGCAAGGUUCACGACACCUAUGGACAAGCCAUGGCUGGUCUCCCUGUUCAAGACGCCGGUCCUCGGGGACUUCGCUGACAACGUAAUGCCCAGCAUCAGCUACCUGGAUGAUGCCGAGCAGGUUGUUCGCAUUGCGAGAAGCUACCUGUCCAAGUACAGCGUUAGUAAAGCUGCCGUGAGCUCCCUGGUUGGCAAGUGGCCCCUGGGCGCGGCUGAGCCGGCGGCCAUCCGGUCGACGUUCCCCUUGGGCCAGUUCUGGGUAGCGAACAGCUCCGAGCUGGGCCCUAUCAUGUCGGUGGCCAACUACAGCAAGGUCAUCGCGAGGUCCGACGGCCGCGGCCGUCCAUUCCUGAGCGCAAUGAUCGAGGACCCGUUGGCAGUUGGCGAGUUCGGGCGGCAGUUCGUGCCGCGGUCGUCCAGCAUCCGGAUCAUGGGACCCCCCUUCGAGCAAACCGGCCAGCUGGCGUUCUGGGAUAUGCAGGGCGUUACUGGGGAGCUCUUCGUGCCGGAUGCGUCUCAGUUGACAAUAGAGCGAUUAGUAUUGUACAACUUGGCACCCGGGGGAGCGCCCCCGUACGGUCGCGGCUUCACUUCGGGUGACAGCCUUCAGCGGCGGCUCGCGUACGGCACGGGGUGGCAGCCCACGGCUUCGGACGGCACCGCCACGCAGCUUCCGCCGCUGGGGGUGGCAGCUGCGAUGGCGAAUUUGACACUGCCCCUCUGGUACUUUGCCAAGCCAUUCAGGUACCGCCCAGCGGGGGACAGGGGCGGGCGGGGUGGGGGAAACAUGGGCGCGGACAGCCUGGCGACCUCUGGUGCCAUGCGCAUCUCCCUGUCCAAGUGCCUGCUGGUGGUUCCCCGUCCCGAGCUGGACCUCCUGCGGGAGCUGCUGGGUCAGGCAGGAAAGCUGCCCGCCACACCGGGGGUCCCCGCUGGCCAGAACAGCACCUCGCACAUGGCCGUCGGAAUAUCAAGCAGCAGCAGCAGCAGCAGCAGCAGGCGCCGGUUGGCGACGGAGCUGAGCAGCCCCCCUCAGGCCGCUGCGAUGAUGCCGGGUAGGGCAUAUGAGCAGCUGCAGGAGUUCGUCCGGAGUUCGGAGCCCCGUGUCAUUGCCCUCAGCAAUAGCAACACCGGGCAAUACUUUCCCCCCCGGAUGAGGUUCCCCCUCCUCACCUGCGAGGUGGUCUGGUACACCGGCGAUACGGUGUUCUUCGCCUCCCUGGUGUUCUGGCGGGUCAGCGGGGCCCAGGUCGCCGUGACAUACCGCCUACCGGAGGCCGCGCCAACACCCGCCCUUUUUUACGAUGUGACGUACGAUCCUGACAGCUAUCCGCCGCCAUCGCCUCCGCUUCCGCCGUCGCCCCGGGCUCAGCGCCCGCCGUUACCUGUAACAACGCUUCCGCCAACGCCACUCCUAUCGUCACCGUUGCAACCUGCGCCGUCACCCCCGGCGGCACCCACCGCCAACCCCGUUAACGUAAACAGCGGACUGCAGUUGGCGGCGUCCCAACCGCCUGGGGGCCCAUCGCGGUCGGGGACCUCCGUCGUCGGCAUCGCCGUUGGCGUUUCGGUGGGUGUGUCUGCUGCCGCCGCGGCCCUUGUGGGCCUCAUCCUCCUUGCGCGUCGUCGUCGGCGGGAGCGCUUUCACAGCGAGAGCAAGCAAGGUCUCUUUUAUGGCGGGGAGCGAGACAACGAAUGUAGGGACCCCUGGAGCGACAGCCGAGACCACAGCCUUGACAACGAGGACGGCCCCGCAGCACCCGCCGCCGCCGCCUCCUCAGCGCACCGUCAUGAACGCAGAAGCCAGGGCGGGAUUAAUGCCGCUAAUGUAAGGGCGGGCCAAGGCAAGGGCCUGCCCGAGUCCGGUACGACAACUGCCAGCCCGGGUGUCAGCAGCGGCACGCCUGCGACCGGGGAAGCCCCACCCGAUUCUCACAAGCAAGGGCUAGCGCGGCUGCAGGCGCAGGCGGCGGCGGCGCCGACACCCGCCGACACGAUGGCCGUACUGGCGGCGGCGGCGACGGCGGUCAGCAGCUCGCGUAGUGGGACGUACUUUAGCGCCAACAGCGGUCCCGGAGGGGACCCGGUGGGGGCCGGCGGUGCUGGCGGCCCGCCCAUGCCGUUUACAGCGCUGCCCCAGAUACAGCUUGUGGUUGUGGAGGACGAGAAGUUGUCGGGGGCUAGUGACGUCACGUCAACCGGAGAUGCCCCAUGUCAUCAGGAGGGCACGCAGCAGGUGACGGAGGCGGCGGAGGCACUGGGUGCCUUGAAGGACUGCGGCAGCACGCGCUCCCCCGCCUCGUGGGCGAACCCCCGGGGGUUGGGGCCUGUUACCGAGCCCACCGCCGCCUCAAGCAGCUGCACCUCGCUAAAGCUGGGGGCCAAGUCGCUGCUGCAGACGAUGGACAUCGAGUUAGCGCUGCAGGCCUACAGCAGCCGGUCCCAGGUGCAUGAGACCGAGGCCGCCAACUCCGCAGGGAACGUCCCCCAGCAAGGCUCUGCGCCCGCCCAGGCGCGUUCAGGUUCGGACCUGGCGUCGGCCAUUAGCAGCCUGCAGGCUGAGCUGUCCGGGCGGCAGGAGCAGCUGCGCAUCACCACGGUCCUGGGCAAGGGCUCCUUUGGCGUCGUGUAUUUGGGCACCUGGCGCGGAUUGCGGGUGGCGGUCAAGACGCUUGUGGUCCACGACGCGCUUCUGGGAGUGGAGGGUCGGCGGCGUCAGCGGGCUAUCCUGGAGGCCGCCAUCUCCACCUCCCUGCAGCACCCCAAUGUGGUGUCCACGUACGCCUUCGAGGUCAAGCCGCUAGGAGUGGUAGCAACACCGCACACCGCGCAGAGCAAGGGCCAAGGGGGUGGGGGGCAGGCGCAACCCGCCGCUGCACACGGUACCUCGGCUGCACCGGGCGAGCGCAGCGUGUGGGAGAGCGGCGGCGAUGUGUACAAGUUGUACAUCAUCCAGGAGUACUGCGAUGUGGGCACCUUGAGAGAUGCUCUGAGUGAGGUGCUCACGCUCUGUCCUGGUCAGGGCGCGGCUGUCUUUAACGUCUCAGGUGCCGGAGUGGUGGGCAGCGUGAUGUCGGGCGGCGCCGCGGCGCUGUGUGCCCUGACCCUGGCGCUGGACGUGGCGUGUGGCAUGUGCCACAUACACGCCAAGAACAUCGUGCACGGGGACCUAUCCUCAGCCAACAUCUUGCUAACCAGCCUUAAGGGCGCAGCUAUCCUAGGAGGCGGCCACGAUGGCCAGGUUGGGGGGCCCAACGACAUGUUCGGUAACCUGGCCAGCGCUAUGAUGAUGGGGCGCACACAGGGCGCCAGGAACCUCGCGGCGCAGGUGUCGCGGCUUCGGGGCCUGUGGCGGCCCCCCGUGGUGGCUAAGGUGGCGGAUUUCGGACUCAGCGUGCGCAUGGGCGAGGGUCAGACACACGCCAGCAACAAAUUCCAGGGGACACCACUUUACAGUGCGCCUGAGGUACUUGCUCGAGGUCAUCUGACCAAGGCAGCGGACGUGUUCAGUUACGGUGUGGUGCUGUUGGAGUUCUUCUACGGCAUGAGCAUUGCAGAGGUGAAGGCCCGCCGAACCGCCGAACCGUCAGACGCGGCCGCUACUGCCAGCAUUGCGGGUGGCAGGUUCGGUGUUGCCAUCCCCGCCAGCGCACCCCGGCAUCUGCGCUACUUGAUGCUGGCGUGCAUCUCUGGGGAGCCCGGUCUGAGGCCGACCUUUGAACAGGUUGUCGAUUCCCUGGUGGACCUGCUGCUGGGGCAGCAUGUGGAGCUGCAGCAGAUGGAGGUCGCCAGGAGUUGCCAUCUGUUUUGCAUCUAUCUGCUCUUGCAUCUUAGUGCAGACUCUCGCAGAGUCUUUCGCGUGGCAUAG